UCAAAAAUUCAGCCAAUCCGGCAAUUCUCAUUUUCUCUACGCUCUCGGUGUAUUUGCGAAUCCAGGCAGCAAAAUGGCGGUAGACGAGGUCGAAGAUUGGAGCGAAGCGGUGGAGGAUCUCGUCGACAAAGGGGACGUAGAUGGGGCGAUCUCCCUCCUUGAAUCCGUCGUGUCCAAGCUCGAAAGCCUGUCCGUCUCAUCGUCGGAAUCAGAAGUCCAGCUCCAGAUUGCCACUGCCCUUGGCGAUCUUUCCGACCUGCACUCCUCCAAGGGUUUGUCCCUCAAGGCUGACGAGGUCUGUUCUCGCGCCCUCCUUAACCGCGUUCGCGCUCUCCACUCUAAACCGCAAAGGCCUGGAAAAUCGAGUUCUGGCGGGGAGGAGGUCGUGCAGCAGGCGGAUACUUCGAAUGCAACUUCUUCAAAUCAGCGUCGAGAUGAUGAGGAAGAUUGGGAGGCAAUUGUGGAUCGUGAGGUGUCCUCGGUAGAUGUUUUGUUUUCUGCACAGGAUGGCGAAGGAGCAGCAUCAGACCUCUUAAGGGUAGAUGAGCCUUGCACGUCUAGGCGACGAAGAGGGAGAGGAUCCUUCUUGUACAGGAAGAAUGAACUAUACUGUGACCAGGUGGAUGAUGGGGCUGUGGCUGACUACAAUUGUUCUUCUGAAGAUGAAGAUGCCAGGUUUGACUCUCUGGAAGACAAAUAUGGAACUAUAAGGAAUACAAAAUAUGGUACCGGCCAUGUUAUUGUCUUAUAUGAUUUCCCACCCACUACUCGAACAACACAAUUGGAGAUCCUAUUUGACAAGUUCAGAGAGCGUGGUUUUGCUAUUAGAUGGGUUAAUGAUACUGUUGCACUUGCGGUGUUUCGAACACCAUCUACUGCUAAUGAGGCUCAGAGUAGUAUUCAGUUUCCAUUCAAAGUGCGUCGUUUAGAAGAGGAGGAUGUCAUCUUGACUCAAGUCUCCCCAAAAGAUCUGGAACCUCCUAUCGUGAGGCCAAAAACAUCUGCGAGAACAGCCCAGAGAUUGAUUGCUCAUGCAAUGGGAAUCGAGCCAAGUAGUAGUCCUGGGUCAAAUGAAUUCAGAAAACAGGAGGAAGCAAGAAAGAACAGAAUACUUGAAAGACAGAAUAUGAAGAAUGAUGCAUGGGGUUCGGACUAAAAUUUAGUACUUCUUUGUCGUCUUUUUUUCUUUUAUUUUAGCCGACUUGUUUUACAACUACUGCAACAGGAGAUAGGGUUUAGUCAUUAGUGUUAUUGGGACACUUGCCAAUGUGAGAUCCCUCCCUUCUAGUGCUAAUGUAGGAAAUUCAAUUUCUUUCUGAAGCAUUGCAAAACGUAUUGUACAGUAAAUUGAAGAAUGGCGUAGAAUUGAAUUUGUACUUCUUUUAUUAAAUUUUUUUAGUCCAUGAAUAUGGUUGCUUAUAUGUGAACAUGGAAUGCAUCUCAACACAUAAGCGUUCGUUCAUAUUGAUGAACUUGUUUUCGUCAAAA